ACUGCGAGUAGAAAGUCACUGAAUGAGCAGCAGGGUUUUUACACUCUCUGUCGAUACGGUUGAAUGAUGAGGAAGAAGAGUAUAUCCCUAAGGUGAACUAUGGAACUACAAAGCUGUGCAGCUCCAAUUAUGAUUGAAGACUCCUGCCUGCAGGGCUGGAAGGUGAUUGGCUCCGGGGGCUUCGGACAAAUCUACAAAGCUAGGCAUUGUCAGUGGGGCUGUGAUGUGGCCAUCAAACUGCUUCAUUUUGAUGACGGGAAAAGUGCGGCUUUACUGCGUGAGAUCGACAUGAUGCGUCAAGGAAGCAGUCCGUUUGUUAUUCAGGUCCGAGGGGUUUUCAGGGGUCGAGUGCCCAACUCUGGCUCAUCAGCACAACUCGGCCUGGUCAUGGAGUUCAUGGAGAGAGGAUCGCUGGCCACCCUACAGGAAACCUUAGGUGGAGCUCCACUGUGGCCGCUGGUCUUCAGACUGGCUCACCAAGUGGCUCUGGGAAUAAACUUCCUCCAUAGUCUGUCUCCUCCCCUGCUCCAUCUGGACCUGAAGCCCAGCAAUGUGCUGCUGGACUCCUAUCUCAAUGCCAAGCUUACAGAUUUUGGCCUUGCCCGGUUUUACCACAGCGUCACACGGGCUUCCAAGGACGACAGUGAAGAGGAAGGAGGGACGAUCAACUACAUGCCACCAGAGGCAUUUCAAAUAUCAUACAGCCCUACGAAAGCCUCUGAUAUCUACAGUUAUGGUAUUCUCUUAUGGUCCAUUGUCACAGGGAAACAACCAUAUGCACAUGCAAAGUCCAGCUUAGUGCGUAUUCGCAUCCCAGAGGGAGACCGUCCAUCACUGGACGAGAUCAGGUCCCAGGCUGCGGGGCUUGCGGGGCUGACAGGGCUGAUUAACCUCAUGGAGAGAUGCUGGGACACAAGACCCAAACAAAGGCCCUCCGCUCUCAAGUGCACGACUGAGGCAGAGGAACUGUUUAAGAUGCACAAGCAUGCCAUUCAUGAUGCUGUCCACCAUGUGGUGAAGCAACUGGACCAAAGGGAAGAAGAAAGAAAGAUUGGACAGGUUCAGAGGGUUCAGGUCACCCAGGCUGCAGUGGCUGAACGUUUCGCAGAACUGACCGUUUGUGAUAGCGUGCCGACGCGUGGCCCACCGAUCCAGGAAAUGUCUGGCAGGUGGACCACAAACCAAAGAGACCCAGCAAAAAUCAGAGAUCCGCCUUCGUAUCGACCUGCAAACGUGUGCUAUGGUGACAUGAGCCGCCCGGCGACGGAAUACAAAGAGAAAAAGUCUUCUGUUUGCCCCAUUCGAUCAUCGCCGCCUUCUCCCUUGGCUGGGAGAUCAUCUCAAAGCAAAACACAAGCAAAACCUUCCCAGCUGGCUUUUAGGAAACACCUGUCUCCACCGUACCAACGUCAGUACUCCAGCCCUGACACUUUGCCCAGCCACCCUGCCCCUGCAGUCCAUAUCCGCUUCAGCAACGUCACUGGACUUCAGCAAGGCGACAACAACACCAUGCACAUUCAAAUUUGUGACCCUGGAGAUAGGAAACGGCACCCAACAGCACCAUCUAGGGUCAACCUCCCGCUAUCACAUUCAGGAAGCUGGAGGGACAAGACAGGAGGCAUGGGCUGACUUCACAUGCAGCUCUUCAAUUCUAAGUUCUCCAAUUUUCUGUCACAGUUCUCCAUGUUGGGUUUAUCCUUACUUGCACAAGAGGAAGGUUGUGGUUUGUACGAGAGGCUCCCUGUAUGAAUGCAUUUAAAAAAUCUUUGUUUCUGCUUUUCAAAUCUGGACAGGAUUCAGAUGUUUUAGUAGCAUGCUGGCUUUUAAUAGAAUAUUUUGCUAUUUUUUUAUAACAGUCUUUAUUUAUUUUGCUUCUUUUGUUAAAGAAUUUAAAACCAAUGAGCAAAAACCUCACACCUUUUUUUGCCCUGUCAGCAGUUUAAAUGGGAGCCAAGUCUGGUCAUAUGGUUUUGCUUUUCCGCCAACUGUGGUCAACAAAAAAUAUCCACAGUCUUAGUGCCAGCUCGCAGUCAUGUGCCAAAAAUCACCCUUAACAGCAGACUGACUAUUAAUCAAAAGAGGUUGAUAUAUAACCUCUGUUGUUUUUAUUUCAGCCUCAGUGCCAGGUGCACAUAUGGCUGCCCCUUUGGUGUGUCAUGGAAGUUAAAACUAACAUUAAAAACAAAUUGCAAGUAUUAUUUUGAUCCAGCCCUUAAAUACUGAUAAUCAGAUUAUACUGUGUAAAGAUAUUUUUAGGAAGCACAAAUGUUUUUUGUACUAAAUGCAUUAAUUUGGUGUCUUUUAUUCUUAUGUGUGCUUGUGUGGCUAUAUUUUCACAAACACAAGAAGUGCAGCCAAGAAAAUGAAUUGAAUUAUUUUUCUACAAAUACCAAACACGGCAUUGAUUUUUACUUUGAGGUGUAUAUAAAAUGAUUUGCAGUAAAAUGCAGGAUGUUGCAGUUGAUGUGUCGAUGCUGCCAUUGAAAGCAGGCACCUUGAAUACUCAGUAGAAGCAUGAUGUAGCUUCAGUGAAGUGUUGGAACACGCAUGUGUGGAAUAUUUAUGUGAUAUUGUGUGUAGUAUGCAAAAAAAAAAAAAAGCUUUAUCUCUAAGGAUACGUCUCUGAUAGGAUCAUGGGGUUUGUUGACAAUGACAAAAAUUUCGAAUAUUCCCAGAUUUAUUCUUUAAUCCUGAAGGUACUAAUGGGAAAUAUUCAGCAAAGGAAACAAAGUUCCUGGACAUUGUAAUAGUUAAAAAGUACUUUUGACUUUGAUUCAUAAUAAAAAAUAAUAAUACAUUUUA